AUGGAUUGUUUUCCCGAGGUGCUGGUCAGAGAUCUGGAAAGAUCGAGCUCAGUGUUCAUGGCUAAGAGCAUGACUGCUGGCAUGCCAUCCGCUCCCGUCUGGUUUGCAGAGGACCAGACCACUCAUGGUAUAAUGGGACCAAGUCGAAUCAUUACUUCCCCAUAUCAAUCCGGAUCCGUGCGAGUACAGAAUUUAGGGUCUAUAGAAGAGCGGCAGUCAAUGGUGUCUUUUCUUGAACACCGUGGGCAAGGUGUUGAUGAGAUCGAAUCUGACGAGGAGUCCGAAUCAUUAUCAGAGUCCUCUGAAGCCAUUGAGGUGCCUUCUAUCAAGUUACGCGAGCAGUCCAUUGUCACAACAGCGACAUCUCUCACAUCGGCCAGUGGAAACCCACCAUCGCCCAAGGAUCUCAUGUCACCCACACGAAAUCAAGAAUACAGUUGGAUUGAUGUUGAUUCUGACGAUGAUGAUGAGCCUGAGCCUCAAAGUCGGGAGCAGUUGACCACGCCAGAAGAGACCGCUGCUUUAUCACCACGACCUCCUACACCCCCAAACACCGAGCCUACCUUUGAUAUCACUGUCAUGAUGGAGGCGCCCAAACCUCGGCUUCACAGAGUCUGCUCCUACAUUGACGAGUCUCCCAAACAGAGCAAACACAAAAGACAAUUCUCUGUAAAAUCCAUGGACGCGCCAACAAUUCCCCCCAGAAAAACGUCCCUCACAAGUGCGACGGAUUCAUUGGACACAACUCCUCGGAUCGUAAUACCCAGCUUUGAUUCGCGGAUGGGCCCGGACAGUCAAGGUUACACUAAGCAGUUACCCUCUUACAACCAGCGCUUUCGCGAUGAGACCGACAACAACACAAUCCUUCUCAAAUCAGACUUUGGAUCAAUUGAGCUAGAAAUCGAGGACGAAGACACAUUCAUGGAUCACUGUCCACCUCCCCCACCACUGUCACGACCUGACACAGUUUAUAUCGAACAAACUCCACCUCCAUCACCACUACCCACUGUCGAAUCUUGGCUAGAUGACUCCAGUCCUCCAUGUCUGCCUCAAAUUCCCGUUGACGACUUGGCAAAGGCCGUGCCACUGCCACCUGAUAUUAUUGAAACACUACGAGUCUCAAUUGCUUGCUUCCCAGAAACGAUGCUCUUGUCAUCUAGCUUGACAACAGAAACAAUCCGCGCCUACUCGAAGAAAGUUCGGCAGCCUUCAGUCGACGCUUGGUCUGAGCCAGCCAACGACUCAUCGACACUGCACCCACGAAAGUCAAUUUGGAAGAAGGUUGUCUCACAUGGUCGCGACUCAACUAGCACCAGACGUCAGCGGUUACACUCGUAUGAGAGCAACACACAUUCGGGCGCCGCCGCAUCUCCAGUGCCCUGGGCCUCGCUGCGACAUGUGUUUUCCGGCUGCUCAGAUUACAUCUGUGACGCGCUGUAUGCGCACAUCGUCGCCUACAACUACGUUUCACGAGUUCCCCGCAACCAGCCAUUAGGACAGCGAGCGUCGACCUCGGACUCAAAACAGCAGGGUGAGAACAUCCCCAAGAAGGCUGCAUCGCUUCUAGGCCUAGGCGCAACUCAGCUCAACCCCUCACCUAGUGUUGGUCGGUUCGCCAAGAAGUUCAGUGCUCCCCUGACAGUCAUGGGAUUCGGCAAGGAGGAAACAUCUACAGCAACUGUUCAAGACAAUGCGACACGAAACAUCGAAUCAGGUCUUCUUCGCUGUAUCUCUAGGCUAGUGGCUACAGCCAGGAUGAUCUCUGAAGGAGGUGCUGGGGAGGAGAGAUUAAUGGACACGGAGCCGCCACAGGAGGUCGACAUGAUUUUUGUGAGGAGUAUAUGUGAGAUCGUCAGACUAUCAGAGGAGACAUCAUGA